AUGGCAGGACUUGCACCUGAGGGGUCACAAUUUGAUGCUGGGAAAUUUGAUGCCAGAAUGAAUGACUUAAUGGCUGGUGAUGGAAAUGAGUUCUACACUAUUUCUGAUGAGGUUUGUGAAAGUUUUGAUGCUAUGGGCUUGCAAGAGAAUCUCCUCAGAGGAAUUUAUGCCUAUGGUUUUGAAAAGCCAUCUGCCAUUCAGCAAAGGGGAAUUGUUCCCUUCUGCAAGGGACAUGAUGUUAUUCAACAGGCUCAGUCUGGAACUGGAAAGACGGCAACUUUCUGCUCUGGUGUUUUGCAGCAACUUGACUAUAAUGUGACCCAGUGCCAGGCAUUGGUUUUAGCCCCAACUCGUGAGCUUGCUCAGCAGAUUGAGAAGGUUAUGCGGGCCCUUGGAGACUAUCUAGGUGUUAAGGUGCAUGCUUGUGUGGGAGGUACAAGUGUUCGUGAAGAUCAACGCAUUCUAUCAAGUGGUGUCCAUGUUGUGGUUGGUACUCCUGGUCGUGUGUUUGAUAUGUUGCGCAGACAGUCUCUUCACCCGGAUUACAUCAAGAUGUUUGUGUUGGAUGAGGCUGAUGAAAUGCUCUCUCGAGGUUUCAAAGAUCAGAUCUACGAUAUAUUUCAGCUGCUGCCAGGUAAGAUUCAAGUAGCUUCUAACUUCAAUAAGCUUACCAAGUGGAGGAAGUCCACUGCUUCUUUAACCUUAUGCAUUUUUUUUGAAGAAAUGCCUUCAAUAGCUUUCUAG